AUGUUCAAGCUUUCAACACUCUCCCUCCAAGAACCUCUCUCUUUGAGCCGAGCUCUACAUAUUCCCGCGCGUUUUACCUCGUCGUCACUGUUCGACCGCGGUGUUUCUCGCCGAAUUCCGAUUCAGAGAAUGUCGUGCUCGAUUGAAACUGCGCUUCCUCCUUCGCUGCGAACGGUUUUCAUUUCGUAUACGCAACUUCAGGAUAAGAGUGCUGAUUUGUCAGCAGAAAUUGAAGAAGGUUUUGGGCCAAAUGGUUUGGGUAUCCUGUCAGUAUCAGAUGUUCCUGGGUAUUCUACACUGCGUCGAAAUCUUCUGCAACUUUCACCUAGAUUAGCCGGCCUUCCUGAAGGAGUGAAGAAGGAACUAGAAGACCCUCAUAGCAGGUACAAUUUUGGGUGGAGUCAUGGCAAAGAGAAACUUGAAUCUGGAAAACCAGAUAUGUUGAAAGGAUCCUUCUAUGCAAAUCCAAUAUUAGAUGUACCUACGACUGAGGCGUCCCUUAUUCAACAGUACCCUUCGUACUGUGGACAAAAUAUAUGGCCUCAUAGUGCUUUGCCCGAACUUGAAGUGGCUUUUAAGGCCCUUGGCAAGCUUGUUCUGGAUGUUGGGUUGAUGUUGGCUUAUCACUGCGAUCAAUUUGUGUCUAAGGGCAUGAAAAUGCGCGAGGAUGAAGGCCUUCAACAGAUACUUCUUCGCUCUCGAUGUCAUAAAGGCCGUCUGCUUUAUUAUUUUCCUGCACAACAGAGGUAA